AUUUAAUUCGAUGCCAUUCCGGAGGACAGGAGUGGGCGACAAUAAUUGAUUGUUUACAAUAUAAUAUAAUUAUGGGAUAUUAAAUAGCCUAGCGGAAUAUAUCGCUCAAUCAAAACACAACGGCAGCCGAGUUGAGAUGGAGAGCCGUCGCACAGUAACUCGAAGGUCGAGAAAUCAACGCAUCCGACUCAUCAAAUGACAUCGCCACACACGCUCGUUUGCCAACCUGUAGCCUAGGUGUGGCGGGCUCGAGGGCGGUCAGUGUUUGGUGUCAACAAACGAACACUUUCACAUCAUCGCGCUCGGAUUCUUCCACGGAGGCAGAGGGACUGACGGUGGGACGGACAUAGUCGCCCCCAUGCCUCGCUUCCCGGGGAGGACUGCAGACGUGGCCGCUAACCUGACUUCCCCCGUGCUGGGUCGGCCACUGUGCGCUAACGGGACGCCCUGGAUCCUCUACCUGUUCGAGGAAUGCGUGGAGAAUGUGUGGGAAUACUGGAGCGUAGUCAUCGGGCUGAUCUCGAUGUUUUGUUUCUUGCUGUCUACUCUACCGCAAGUCUAUGAGGCUUAUCGCAAUGGUAAAGUGGAGGAGGCCAUGUCUUUUGGCUUUCUGCUCUUCCUCUUCAGUGGGGACCUCAGCAGUCUCAUAGGCUGCGUCCUGACCAGCCAGCUGCCCAUCCAGAUUGUGACAGUAGUGUUCUACAUCUUCACUGAUCUCCUGCUCAUCUCCCAGUUCCUCUACUACAAGAUAAAGAACAACUCAUGUAAAAAGCGCCCCACGUUGAAGUGGUUGUGUUUCCUGUGGUGCGGGGCUUCCACUGUGGCCCUCCUGAUCCUCCCCAAGUUCAUCACUGACAACAACACCUCUGCCAACACUCAGAGUGCCUCUAACAGCGUGGAGAUCUCUGGUUAUGCCUGUGGAUACCUGGCCUCCAUAUUCUACCUCUCCUCUCGUUUUCCACAGCUCUACAAAAAUUUUAAGCGGCAGUCUACAGAGGGUACGUCGUACAUGCUGUUUGCCCUGGCCAUGAUGGGCAACGGGACCUACGGGCUCAGUAUCAUUGUGGUUCUACCAGCUCUGGCCGGCUCCAAACAGACCUUCAUCCUCAAACAUCUGGCCUGGCUCAUCGGCAGCCUGGGAGUCCUCCUCCUAGACUUCUUUGUCACCGCCCAGUUCAUCAUCUAUAGGAAGAACCGCUCCGAUAAAACCAGCAAGAAGAUGAACGUUCCUGAAGUAGAACCUCUGCUCUGUGAAGAGGAGGAGCUGUCCACGUUCUAGAGUGAGAACAUUAUGGAAGUUCUAGAGUGAGAACAUUAUGGAAGUUCUAGAGUGAGCUCAAUAAGAUCAUUCUUGAAAUCCUCUCCAUAAUCAAUCAAUCAAUCAAAUGUAUUUAUAAAGCCCUUUUUACAUCUACAGAUGUCACAAAGUGAUAUAUAUAUAUAUAUAUAUAUAGAAAAUCAGCCUAAAACCCCAAACAGCAAGCAAUGCAGAUGUAGAAGCACGGUUGCUUGGAAAAACUCCCUGUUGACUGGAGACCUGGAAUAAUCCGACAGAUAUGAUAGUACACCAAUGUUCCCUCCGCUGAAGUACAGGUGAAUUAAAGGGGGCGUCUUAUAUUUGAGGAAUGUAAUUACAUUUACAUUUAAGUCAUUUAGCAGACGCUCUUAUCCAGAGCGACUUACAAAUUGUAAUCUCAGAACUAUUCUCUCUCUCUUUGUAGGGGGGUCAUGUGAUCUAUUCACUAUGCUAUUUCCUAGUACACUGCAGGCCUAUUGGCUGUGUCCGUGUCUCACAUUGCUCUAGUCUAGUUUGUCAACGGUUAGAGCUCUUGUGUUUUCCAGGAUAAGAUAUGCAAUACACUUUGAACUGUUCCCGCAGCGUUAUCGUCUAGUUAAACCGUACAGUAGGGGACCACACCAGUGGUUGUUCCUGUAUGUAGGUUUAAAAAUGUCAUACAUUGUACUAUUGGUGUGUCACAAAGUAGUGGGCUGCACCCACAGUAAUGUAUUUUACACUUGUGGUGAAUUUGUUAUAGUUUACCCUGGUUUUGUUCUAUGAGAAGAUUCUGUCGUAAUUGAAUCCCUAUGUAAGUUCUAGUUGGUAAAUUGCUUGGAGUGUUACACAGUGUUUAGAUUGUGAAUGUGCAGUGGGUUAGGCCUGAUAUCCUGUGCCUUGCAUCUACAUCUAGUAAUGUGUUGCUGCAGUGGAGUGCUGAUGUGUUCAGGCUGCUGCUUUUAAAACUUUGGCUGAAAUCGAACCGUUUUAACUGAACAGCCUGUUUUCUUUAUCUCCUCUCCUUAUCUCCUCUCCUUAUGUUAUGGCCCAGUAAUUUUACUUUCAGUGUCCACAAACGAAGGAAGGGAGGAAGGAGGGUUUUCACAGUAUUGAGUCACAGCCUUGAGCAUUGAGUUCACCCCUUAUUUUGGAGUUGUGUCCAGGGGUGUGUUUACUAGGAACCAAAUGGAACAAAACGGGGAAGGGGCCUACCUGAAUUUGUCCAAUAGAAACUCUCGUUUUCGUUGCAAAAUGUUUUCGUUUUGAAACGGAAACCGUUUAAGACUAAUGAAUACACCCCAGUCUUCUAUGUGUGUAGUCACGUGUUCAGAAAGCGGAGGAUCAAGUUUGUGUGGGAACUGGGACCGUUUUAUAAGUUGAUGUGUCAUAACUUGGUAACAUGGAGUCAUGAUGAGGGAAUAGAACUACUAGAGACCAAUGAUUCGUUACGUUUUUGUACAGGUCACAUCAAUGUUGUUAGUGUGUCAUGGAUGUGAUUGGUCGAUUGACAGCACAGAUUUCUCUACCUCGUCUUUCAGUGAGGGGGUUUGUUUAUCUGGCCCAGGUUACCCCUGGUGGGAGGAGUUUGAGCUGGGUGAAAAGGGAUUGUAUUCAUUUUGGAAACAGGCUGUGAGCCAGUGCCCCACUCUGGUCACCGGUGAAGUCGGCUCAAAAUAAAAGUGACGUAAUUAAGCACGUGGAAAGAUAAGUAGGAUUGUUUUCACAUGCUAAAGUGAUAGUUUAAAAAAAAAUCUAAAGAAUUCUGUCUUCUCAAUGAAAACUAGUUUGAUAAUUCAAUCAUUUUAUUUGAUGGAAAAUAGAUGUAUGUUUCUGGACGAUGCACCAUGCUGCCUUGUUGACAUGACCGAGUGGCUCAGAUUACUGUUUGAUUUGAGAAGGGCGCUCCUGCAUCACUGCUAUUUCACCCGAUGACGUGAUGGGCCAUUGCCCGGUUCAACCUGGGCCAGUGUAAUAAAAUUCCCUCAGUGUCAUAGGAGUCGUCCCUGGUGAAAAUGUAAAUAUGUAUCUAGUUAAGUGUUGGAGAUAUAUAUAUAAAUAAAUAAAUAAAGGAGUGCUUGUGUUUUGUUUUUUUAAGAGCGCAAACAUGACAAAACAUGAUGUGACUAAGUAUUUAUUGGUAGAGAUAGUCUAGAGUUACCGCUGGGCUUUAGUAAGCACAGUUGUGAUUGGUGGACUUUCCAUGUGAAAAAUAAGGAGUAUUUCUACUUUUACGUGACGUAUUGAAAAAGCUCAAUGUGGUCUUUGGAAAAAUAGCUGUUUACAAAAUGGCUGUCCAGCAAAUGAUUGUGGCCAUGGUCAGGAAAUGUCAGGAAAGCCAUGAACGAAGAGAAAUUAUGAUGCCACUUAUUUUCUCUGAUAAACCUGGAGAUAGUUGCAGAUUUUGUUGAUUAUUAUAAAGGUAAUUAUCGGUUGUUUCAGACAAACUUUUUGCCUUUCUCUUGAUAAAUUAAGUUUAAUUCUGGUUUGCUCAAAGCCUGGCCUCUCUUCAAUGUGUUUUCUAUAGACAUUUUCCAAACCAUAGAAUGGAAUAAUGAGAUUUAUUUACAGUCUCAAGAACAAGGAAAAUGUAUGAAAUUAUUUUUACUUGAAUAAUGACACACUGUAUUGCUCUUUUAAGAUACACAUGUAUUUAUAUUUAUACUUAAGAUAACAUGGUAUUAUUAUUUUCCUUAUGCUUUGGCCUGUACGUUACUUGCAAUAUUUAUCUCAUUGACGAUAAUGUCCCAGUAUCUCAGCUUUUGUAGUUCAUUGUACACAAGUUCAGCAUUCCAAUAUGAUGCUGAUGUAACAAACAUCUCAAUAAAGUCUGAAUUAU